ACUGUAGCUUUUCCAUAUCUUCAUAGAUUUAGAUGUAACUUUUGCAUAACGUGUUAUUUUAAUGUUCAGGGAAAAAUUAAUUCCGUACCUAUUUAAGUCGUGUGUUAAUUAAGAGAAAAGUGCCCAAUAAUUUUGAAAUUUAACGACUGAUUGGCCAUUAAAAUUGCAUUUUACAUCAAAAUUUUCAGAAUGACGUCUAGAGUGGUAACAAAAGCAGCAGCACUGCGUUUGAAUGAAGUACCUCCAGUGGAGGUGGUUGUGUUCAACGACCGGCGACCUAAAGGAACGAAGGAAACCGAAGACGGGGCACUCACUGAGGAAUCACUAAAUUCGCUCAAGGGAGCAAGUAGCGACUUCAAUCUCAAAAAAGCCAGAUUUGAGGUAACAAAACUAGCGAUGUCGUCUUUGAAAUCUACUUCGAAAAUGAAGGCCAAGGAGGCCCUGGCUAUUAGUCUAGGGGCGCGGCCUGGGAAACGGAGAGGCGUUAACUACAGGGAUUUGAAGACGCAAAGAGAAGCUGAAAAAGAAGCUGAGGAGCAUGACGAGAAAAUGAGAUCCCUAGGAAAGAUACUAAAAAAAACUGGUCGAAAAACAGCCACUGGGAGAACUAUGGGCAGUGCAGCAACUCCUAACAAGAGUCAGAAAGGAACGCCAAAGGCUCCGACCAAGCUGAAGUCAGGCAUUUUGGGCAAAUAUGGAAAAGUAGACAAGGCAAAACUCAACAAGUAUCUCAAGACUCAAACAGCUGCCUCUUUAAGCACAGGGAAACCCGGGAAACCUAAAAAUAAGAAAUUCCAAAAAUCAAAAAGAUAGCUCCGCUCUCUUUGUUUGUAGUGAGUAACGAAAUAAAAUAUUUUGGACACAUA